CGCGGGCACCGCGCUCGCCCCGCCGUCAGGUGAGCAGGCAGAGCCGCGCCCGCAGCCUUCCGCCCCGAGGACCCCCGAGCCGCCGCCACUGUCGCCGCCGCCUCCGCGGCGCAUCGAAGACGCCCUGCAGGGAUGAGGGGAGAAUCCUACUUCAUCGGCAUGAGGAGCCUGGGGCAGCAGGCAUCCAUCCCUGAAGAUGGGGGACUCUUCUUCCUCUGCUGCAUAGACAGAGACUGGGCCGUCACUCAGUGCUUUGCGGAAGAGGCCUUUCAAGCAAUCACCGACUUCAAUGAUCUCCCCAACUCGUUGUUUGCCUGCAAUGUCCACCAGUCUGUGUUUGAAGAAGAUGAGAGCAAGGAAAAAUUUGAGGGACUGUUCCGGACUUACGAUGAAUGUGUGACGUUCCAGCUGUUUAAGAGUUUCCGACGUGUCCGAAUAAAUUUCAGCCACCCCAAAUCUGCAGCCCGUGCUCGGAUAGAACUUCAUGAGACCCAGUUCCGAGGGAAGAAGCUAAAACUCUACUUCGCACAGGUCCAGACCCCCGAGACAGAUGGAGACAAACUGCACUUGGCACCUCCACAGCCUGCCAAACAGUUCCUCAUCUCGCCCCCUUCAUCUCCUCCGGUUGGCUGGAAGCCUAUCAGUGAUGCCACACCGGUCCUCAACUAUGACCUCCUUUACGCCGUGGCCAAACUAGGACCAGGAGAGAAGUAUGAGCUGCAUGCGGGGACUGAGUCCACACCGAGUGUCGUCGUGCAUGUGUGCGACAGCGACAUGGAUGAAGAAGAGGAUCCAAAGACUUCCCCAAAGCCAAAAAUCAUCCAAACCCGGCGUCCCGGCCUGCCGCCCUCCAUGUCCAACUGAGCACGCCUGUGACAACACGCCUCUCCUCUUAUCAUGCUUCCCCUCGUUGUCUGUCCAAAACAUUAAUUGCCUUUAAGUCCCUGGGUGUUUGGUUGUUUGCGAUUCCUUCCUUGUAAUUAAGCCUCUCGGACAAAAGGGCUAGGAAAAGGUGACAUGUCUCCCAAUCAACUCAUACCCAUUAACUAUAAUCCAUUAUUUAGAAAGUUCUAGAAAAAAAGGUAGUAUUUUCUUAUUAAACAAUCAGUACAGCCUAUAUCCCUGUUCUCUCAUGUUGAUCCAAGCCAUUGACAUCAGUAACAAAUAGCAUUUAAGUUAUUUGUGAGCUGCUCCAGGUGUGUGUGUGUGUGUGUGUGUGUGUGUGUGUGUGUGUGUGUGUGUGUGAUUGUGUUUUCUCCUGGCCACUUAUAUAGGACCAUAAGUAAACUUGAUUUUUGACUGCAUGGGAUCCCCCUACCUGGUCUCACCCAGUCCUCUGCAUCCCAACAUUCCCAGGACAUGCACGAUCACCAGCAUUUAUUUUAAUGAUUUAAGGGUACACCCCACUGCACGGUGUCCCAGCCGUGACCUGUAUAGACAAGGGGUGUCCCCAGCACCAUCCAGCUCACACAUCAUCUUCAGUUUGAGUCAAUACAUCAUAUAGCUCUGUCCAAAUUCCUGGAGGCAAAAUUGAGCUUGGCCCCAAAGAUAUUCCUCAGUAGAUUCUGAACACCACUACCACAUAGGACUUCCCAUGGCCACUGGGGAGGCUUGUCCAGGUGACAGAGACCGAUUUCAGACAAACCUAUUUAUUAUAGAAGUCUCAUGGUGUCUGAACGAUUGUCCCCCGCCCACUUUGUAUAUUUGUACAGAUGUUUGAGCUGUGCGUUUAAAAUCCGGAUGUUUUUUAUUUAGUGAUUGUUCGACCAUUAGCUGCUUAAUGACAUCAUCAUCCCUGCGUUGCUUCUGAAUGCAUCCUGAUUCUACUGUAGAUAACCUGAUCUUAUUACAUGCUCUCGUGGUCAGUGCUGAGUUGUAAAGAGGACAGCAAUGGCUCAUGUCAAUAUAUAACCAACUCGCCAGCCUCUUUGCUGUCAAGACCACCCGUUUUUAAACAAAGAUCCAAGUGUCGGUUAUAAACAACUUGGAUGAUGCUGAACCCCAGAACGUAGACACAGCUGAGCAUCGCAGAGCACAAAAGGAUGAUGGAUGGACGGAUGGCAGUCCCACUCAUCCCGUGCCCGUGUGCUCAAAAGCUCUUUGUUUUCGUUGCGUGUGACUUUUGUAUUUCUCUAGCCCAAAGUGCAUUACAGAAGAUACAGUUACAGAACCAUACUUUCUCUCCAUGUGUCAAGCCUCAUCAGCUCCUGUUCAUUAACAAGUAAUUUUGGAUGCAAAUACAAUUUACCACAGAGUGGGCUAGUACUUCCAUGACCUAAGCCUCAGAAAAACACACAAGAACACUAACCCAGCCACGUGAUGGAGGGAUUAUUGUGGGUUUUUUUUUUUUUUUUUUUUUUGACUAAGGCGUAUGUUAGUUUCAAUAGAAACUUCAAACCUAGACUGAUCACUCAGAAAAUCAAAGUCCGUUCUACUGUGAAUAUAGCAAUAUAGUACUGGACACAGUACAGUAUGGUUGAACUGAGGACAGCAUUGCUUGUGGAACCCCAAGUUUUCAUGAGGAAAAUAAGUCUCCUUUUCAAAUUCAGACCUGAGGAGUGUACAAUAAGCAACUGCUUUGACUUUCCUUUGUUGUGGAGGGUUCGGGUUUUUGAUUGACCAAGGAAAGACUACAAAUAGUGGAGAGAUGGUGCCCUCUAGUGGAGGAAAUGUUGGACUCAGCUCUGCAGAUGGAUUGAUGAUGAGCCUGGGACUGACUUUCUAAUCCACAUUAAUUUUCAGGAUGCAGGUUCUGGAAAAAAAAAAUCUAAAUGAAUGAAAGCUUUGGAAAUAAUCUGUGUUUCCAAAUAGUGGUAGCAGACGUUUCCAGUUUAGUAAAAGUUGACAUGACUCUGUCGUGUAGGCAUUAAAAACUCAGUGUUAUAGAUGACCCAGGUCUUAGUAAACUGUAUUGCCGUGUGUGGAUGUUAACCUGUUGCAGAUCAAGGGAUUCUCUUGCUGGGUUGAACAUGGGGAGAGGGGAGGGGGAGCUUUCCCCGGGAGAAAUGGGCAAGCCCCAGGACCUCCCAGCACUGUGAAAGUCACAAUCGCCUCAACACUUCCAUGACGCACAUUAUGCAAACCUCUUUAGCACUCUUUUAAGUUUGAAAUGUUUUCAAUGGAGGGGAAGGGGAAGGUCUCCACCCACUGAAUCAUUUGUGCACGUGUAUGGCUCAAAGAGCUUAGAGUUCAAAUAUAUCUGGUGAAUGAA